UCUCUCUCUCUCUCCAUCCGAAAUUAAGAUAAUCAAAAUGUGCAGCACACCAUGGACAAUGACAAGGCUAGUGAGAUGGCGCGUGAAAGGCUGGGCUUCAUGUUUCUUGGCUUGCAGGUUUCCUUUGGAUGAUGAAGCAGCCGAUAGAUUUUGCCCUGCAACGCCGCAAUUGCCAAUACGAAACAUGGCUUUUGAUACGCAGGGCGAAAGCAGAAGCAAUGAGACGGGGAAAAAGAUGUCGAGGCACAAAAAGUGUGACACAGAGCGACGAUUAAGACACGGUCCUAAACAAGUUAAAGACAGCAGUUCCCCGGUCGAAAAUACGAGUUCUAAUGACUCAAGCUGCAGGCCACAUAUUUCAGAUGAGGAGGAGUAUAUAGUGUUCUGCUUUAAAGAAGAUGGAGCGUUUGAAGUUAUGAAAAAUGGCAAAGUGGAAGCGUCGAACGUGAGAGAUUGCGCGUCAAGAAACUCGCCGAGGCAUGUCAAUCGGAAGCUUCGUUAUGGGGAGGAUACAAAGGCAGUUGAAAGGUGUAGCAAUGAGGAGAGGUUGACUGGAAAAGCUUAUGAUAUUUACCCCACAAAUGAUGGAAAAUCUAUCAUCUUUGACCAAAAGGACGAGGAAGACGAGGAAACCUUCUCCGGUCAAGAGCCGCCUCCGAGUAUCAAUGUCGAGAAUCGUCCGACCGUGUCAGUUGAAUCAAGCGAUUCAAAUCAAUCGGACGGCAGCACAGGCUCCUUCGCGUUUCCGGUGUUGGGAUGGGAAUGGACUGGCAGUCCUGUGCAAAUGCCGAAACGAGAAGCUAUGGACUUGAGAAAGCACAAGGCUCGCUGCAUCGGCUUCCAGUUUCAAUGCUGUAGAUUCUGAAAUUUGCAAUGUGUUUCUCUCAAUUUUUUUACCCCUUGAGAUUAGAUUAAGCAUAAGCAAAUUGUUGUGUCUCGUAGAAGUAAUAACGCCAUCGCGAUUUACGGUUCA